AUGUCACUGUCAUCCCUGCAGACAUGGCUUUCUGUGGCCGUGACCAGACAGCCAACAGCUCUAGCAUCAAUUGGCAGCAACACUGAGAUGACUAGUCUUCCUGGAUCGUCGAUUCAGCCAGAGUCUCAAGCCCAUCAUACUGGAGUUAUCAGUCGAUUUUGGUCAUUAAUGGAUAGCUUCCAAACCAAAGUAGCAGAGGGGAUGAAUCAGAUUGGAACGUCCUUGGCAUCACGUUCAGCAAUUCAAUCAGGACAAAGAUUGCCCGCAGUCUCAGGCAUUGAAUUAGAAAGGGCAACAAGGUUCUCUGUGUUUUCAAGUGUAGGGAAGACAGUGAUAGCCGUUGCGGUCGGGGUGAGAGAUCAUUUCAGCAUCAGAGAUAGGGAACGGGGCAUUGACUUCCCGACUACUACCAGAAGACGUAGCAUGUCAACUGGCUCCAUGAGCCAAAGCAUGAAUAGACGGGCAAGGACCGCCAUUCUUGGACCAGAUCCAAGGCCCACUACGACGGAAAGAGGGCGAAGACGAGAGAUUCUCUGCGGGAUUAGUAUUGCCACGGCUUUGGUUCUCGGGGGAUUGGCAUACCUUACCGUGAAGAACAUACUGGACCCUACGCACACUCUACUUGAAGGUCCAGGAAAUCUUGCUGAUCCUCAGAAGAGUCAGCCGGACCUACAGUAG